AUGUCACCAACAUCUCACCAACAUCUCACCAACAUCUCUUUCGAUCUCCCUCCUCCUCUCACCCUGCUCUCCCGCCCUCGUCUCGUCCCCCAUUCCUUCCCCACUGCAGCAUCGCGCGUCUUCAGUCGUGCCCGCUGUCCACAGCUCCCCAUGGCCCUCGUGGCACAGGCGACGGGUGGGUGGAGCGACGGUAGCAGGGUGGAGACUAGCAGCAGCAGCGGUGGAGGGCAGAGGUACAAGGCAGUGAGUCCUGUGGAUGCGCGACAGGUGUGGUUCGUGGUGAGGCGCAGCAACGACGAGCUUUCCACAGACUUCCAGAAAGAGUCUCUGGAUGUGACAGGCGGUGUGCUGCGCGGGCUGAAGCACAUCCAGAGUUAUGGGGUCGUGCAUGGCUGCAUACACCCUCGCAACAUCCUGCUUGACACUGCGCUGCAGCCUGUCUUGGCUGGCUGCAUGGCCGCACAGCGCCUAGUGUCACGCAACACAACAGCCCAGCUGCGCGCUGCCCACCUGCCCCAAGCACCCGACGCCAUCGUGCUGCCCAUGGUGCGCCUCGCCCUCUCCUGCACCGCCUCCGACCCCCUCGCCCGGCCCACUGUGACCGACCUGCUGCGCUCCAUCAAGGCUCUCAAGCGCUCCCUCUCCGCCCUCCCACGUCCACCUCCGCCCGGCAACGCAGGGGCGAGCAGGGAUGGUGACACCCCUGGCGCUGCCGCCAGUGGAAGGGAUGAAGAGCACCAGGGUGGGGAGGGUGGGGAUGGGCUUUCUGGGGGUUUUAGUCAGAAUGCGCUGGAUGCAAAGUUAGAAUGGCUUAUGGAGGAAGAGGAUAGUGGUAGGCUUGUGACAGAUGUAUAG